AUGUCUGAUUCCGAAAGCGAUACUGACCCUAAACACAAGAAACGAAAAACCGCUUCAUCUGAUGAAGAGGAAUUUGGUGGCGAAGUUGAAGCCGAUUUUCUAUUUUAUGACCCAAGUUCUGACGACAAUGAGGGAAUAUUAACUUUACUUCAGGGAUUUAUGAAAGAUUUUAACUGGAAGUUACCAGAGUCCAUUAAAAAGGACAGAUAUUCGCACCUAUCAUACCUCGUUGCAAACCAACCGAACAUUGGCACACUUAUUAAGGUUGAGGACGACCAUGACUCCUAUGUCAUGGCAGUACUAUCUUUAUUAAAUUUAAAUCAAUAUGAUGGACUAGACACAUUAAAGCAGGCAGUCGUCGAAAAGGCACAAUCGGAAUGUAAUAAGAAUGACAGUAAAACGUUUAAGGAACUUCUUUCAGAUAAGAAAAACCAGGUUGGUUUACUUGUAAAUGAAAGGAUGGCAAACCUUCCCUCUCAACUAAUUGGAAAAAUCCAAGAAUGCUUGAAGGAUGACAUUAAGUGGUCCAAGGAGAAUGUGGAGGAGGAGGAUGAGGGCAAGUAUUACAACUUUACACACAUCUUGGGAAUUAGUAGACUGUAUUUGGACAAAUCCAAGGACGAAGACAAUGAAUCGACACUGGUCUAUCACAAGCCAGAGGAAAGGUUCUAUUACGACAACUCUCUUCUCCGAUUCAUGUGGCCCACCGGAGAAUCAAAUAAGGUGAAUUACUAUAACGACAAUAAUAAAAAAAACACAUCAAAAAUAUUGCCGGAGUAUAUGUUUGUGUAUUGCCUGAGUUUCGACAAGUUCAACCACGUAGUGAAAGAAAUAGCAAAAAACUUCAGAGAUUAG